CAAGGCCACUGGAACUGCACGCUUCUUCAAUUUCCUUCUCAACUCAACAGACUAUCGAAUCUUGCUGAAGGAUGAAGAUCAUGACCGAAUGUAUGUGGGGAGCAAAGACUACAUCCUCUCGCUAGACCUUCAUGAUAUCAAUCGGGAGCCCUUGAUUAUCCACUGGCCUGCAUCGCAGCAAAGGAUAGAUGAAUGUGUCCUGUCAGGGAAGAACAAUAAUGGUGAGUGUGGGAACUUCAUCCGCCUUAUCCAGCCCUGGAAUCGAACACAUUUGUAUGUCUGUGGCACUGGCGCAUAUAAUCCUGUCUGCACCUUUGUCAACCGGGGCCGCAAAGCACAGGCUUUUGAGCUGAACCAGUCCAUCCAGCAGGGAGGACGGGGAAGUAGAGCAGUUGACUCCUCCCUCCGCCCGUCUCCAGUGGAACGCAAGGAUUAUAUAUUCUACUUAGAGCCAGAGAAGUUGGAGUCAGGCAAAGGGAAAUGCUCAUAUGACCCGAAGGUGGACACAGUAUCAGCAUUAAUAAAUGAAGAACUCUAUGCUGGUGUCUACAUUGACUUCAUGGGCACAGAUGCAGCCAUCUUCCGCACUAUGGGCAAGCAGACUGCCAUGAGGACUGACCAGUACAACUCCCGUUGGCUCAACGAUCCAGCAUUUGUCCAUGCCAAGCUCAUCCCAGACAGUGCUGAGAAAAAUGAUGACAAGCUAUACUUUUUCUUCCGAGAAAAGUCCACCGAUUCGCCACAGAGCCCGGUUGUCUACUCCCGCAUUGGACGCAUUUGCUUGAAUGAUGACGGAGGCCAUUGCUGCUUAGUAAAUAAAUGGAGCACAUUCCUCAAGGCACGACUCAUCUGCUCUGUGCCAGGGCCCGAUGGAAUUGAAACACACUUCGAUGAACUCCAGGAUGUCUUCAUCCAGCAGACCCAGGAUGUGAAGAACCCCAUCAUUUAUGCUGUGUUUGCAGCCUCGGGGUCUGUGUUUAAGGGUUCCGCCGUGUGUGUCUACUCCAUGGCUGACAUCCGCAUGGUCUUCAAUGGACCGUUUGCCCACAAGGAAGGUCCCAACUAUCAGUGGAUGCCUUACACUGGCAAAAUGCCUUAUCCCCGUCCAGGCACCUGCCCAGGGGGGACAUUUACACCCUCAAUGAAAUCAACCAAGGACUAUCCUGAUGAGGUGAUCAACUUCAUGCGCACUCAUCCAAUGAUGUACAAUGGUGUCUAUCCCAUACACCGCCAACCUCUUGUGGUGAGAACCAACGUCAAGUACAAGUUCACAACUAUAGCUGUGGACCAGGUGGAUGCAGCUGAUGGACGCUAUGAGGUGCUUUUCCUGGGCACAGAUCGUGGCACUGUCCAGAAAGUUAUAGUUUUGCCCAAAGAUGAUUUGGAAACAGAAGAACUGAUGCUAGAAGAGGUGGAGGUGUUCAAGGUUCCAGCCCCAAUCAAGACUAUGACCAUCUCUUCCAAAAGGCAACAGCUCUAUGUAUCCUCAGCCAUCGGGCUAACACACCUGGCCCUUCACCGCUGUGAUGUGUAUGGAGAAGCCUGUGCUGACUGCUGCCUGGCUAGGGAUCCCUACUGUGCCUGGGAUGGCAAAUCCUGUUCCCGCUAUUCUGCUUCCUCCAAGAGACGUAGCAGACGUCAAGAUGUCCGGCACGGCAACCCCAUCCGUCAGUGCAGGGGUUACAAUUCCAAUGGUGGGUGCCAUAUUCUUAGUCUCUAGGAAAUAGAGGGCAGC